CACGGAGACGUACUUGCUCUUGUACCUAUUAGGUAGUAAAUAGUAGUACUGCUACUGCUCCUCCCUCCUGGUUGCCGUGCGGGGAAUGGAAGCCAAUCCCAAAACAAUCAAUUCAACCCAGCUUAUCGCCUGCCUCUUCACCGAUACGAGGUUCCAUCAUCAUCUCCUCAUUGUCUCAGAUUCCUUGCCCUGCUUCUCCCCUCUCUUCCCUUCUCUCUUCACUUCCCACCCACUCCCCUGAAUGUAUCCAUCCGUAUACUUCCUUCCACAUAUUCGCUCAUCAUGAACCUCCGUCGAGUAACCUCGCACAAUUUCCAUACCUUUCGACACCACUAUGUGUCGGAGAUCUCCGGCUCUCUGGGCGAUCUGGGCACCUUCUUGCCCAUCGCCAUCGCCCUCGCCGUCAAUGGCACUGUCUCUCUAUCGAGCACCCUGAUCUUCUCCGGUCUGUUUAACAUUCUAACAGGCCUCUUCUUCGGGAUUCCGUUACCCGUGCAGCCCAUGAAAGCCAUCGCGGCCGUGGCCAUUGCUCGAACCUUCACCAACGGAGCCAUCGCCGCCGCCGGUAUCUUUGUCGGGGCUUGCGUCUUCCUCUUCAGUAUAACCGGCCUCCUGAACUGGUUCGCCAACGCUAUCCCCAUUCCCGUCAUCAAAGGCAUCCAAGUUGGCGCCGGUCUGUCCUUGAUCAUCGCGUCCGGGGGUUCGAUUCUCUCGUCCCUCGGAUGGCUGUACCCGUCCUGGGCCGACAACCGCAUCUGGGCCGUGGCCGCCUUCCUGUUCUUGAUCAUCACCAACGUGUACCGCCACGUGCCCUACGCCCUGCUCGUCUUCAUUCUAGGGCUCUCGUUUGCCGUCAUCGGCAGUGCGCUGGCCUCCGACCUCCCGUCCCUCGUCUUCUGGCACCCCUCCACCGUCAUCCCAUCCGCCCACGAAUGGCGCAUCGGCGCGCUAGACGCGGGAGUCGGUCAGAUCCCCCUGACGACCUUGAACUCCGUCGUCGCCGUCGUCCACUUGGCUGGGGACCUCCUCCCAACCCUGGAGACCCCCUCCAUCACCUCCGUCGGCCUCAGCGUGGCAGGCAUGAACCUCAUCGGAUGCUGGUUCGGCGCGAUGCCCGUCUGCCACGGCUCCGGCGGUCUGGCGGCCCAGUACCGCUUUGGCGCCCGGUCCGGCGCCAGCGUCAUCAUCCUGGGGGCUCUCAAGCUGAUCAUCGGCGUGUUUUUUGGUGAAUCCCUCGUCGGCCUGCUGAAGCGCUUCCCCACCGCCCUGCUCGGCGUGAUGGUCAUCGCCGCCGGCCUGGAGCUGGUCAGCGUGGGCGAGUCGCUGAACACUACCGGGGCGCGGGACAUCCGCAAGGCCAGCCACGGGUUCGCCGGCGACGGCGCGCAGGAGAUUGGCCCGAUGCUGAGCGACUGGGAGCGCAAGCGCCGGUGGACCGUCAUGAUGGUCACCGUGGGGUUGUUGGUGGGGUUCAAGAACGAUGCCGUCGGCUUCGUGGCCGGGAUGCUCUGCCAUUGGGGGUAUGAGUUGCCCACGCUGUUUGAGCGGGUGCGCGAACGGUGGAAUCAGAGACGGAUACAGUUGGAGUGAUUGAGCCGACACAAUUUGGUUUGAUUCUCCGGUGUUGGACGACGAUCUUCUUUCUGGCAGUCGAUUGUCUUGAUGGUUGUAUAGUUGACCUCAAUGUAUAUAUGCU